CCUAGAAGGAUACACAGAGAGUGCAGAGAGACAUCCACUCCCUUGUUGGAUAUACCCACACAUCGGCUGCAGGAGUAGGACCACAUCCCCAGACUGUGGCCUCCAGAAAGGAAGCAUGAAAAAGAAUCUUUCCACCAAAAGGGGCCCUCUAGAUGGGAAUCAGCCCCCCAGCCAACCAGAAAAAGUGGGUUGGAUUCGGAAAUACUGCGGGAAGGGAAUCUUCAGGGAGAUAUGGAAGAACCGAUAUGUAUUGAUAAAGGGAGAUCAGCUGUACAUGUCAGAGAAAGAGGUGAAAGAAGAAAAAAAUGGACAAGAAGUUUUUGACCUAAGUGACUAUGAGAAGUGUGAAGAGUUGCGAAAGUCAAAGAGCCGGUCAAAAAAGAACCACAGCAGGUUCUCGCUGAUACGAUCCAAACAACCUGGAAAUACGGCACCAAACUUGAUCUUCCUUGCAGUCAGCCCAGAAGAGAAGGAAUCUUGGAUCAAUGCCUUGAACUCUGCAAUUACUCGAGCCAAGAACCGCAUCUUAGAUGAGGUUACAGUGGAAGAAGAAAGUUAUCUUGCUCACCCCACCCGUGACAGGGCAAAAAUACAGCACUCCAGACGCCCACCUACAAGGGGCCAUCUAAUGGCAGUGGCAUCUACCUCUACAUCUGAUGGUAUGCUGACAUUGGACCUUAUCCAGGAAGAGGAAGCUUCCCCAGAGGAGCAAGCUUCUUGUGACCAGAGCUUCAGGGUGGACCUGGAUAAAUCUGUGGCACAGCUGGCAUCCAGCCGUCGAAGGUCAGACUCUGAGAACCUCAAGUGCCCAGAAAAGGGCAGAUCAGAAAACUUACAAGGUAGAGACCACUUAUCAUGGGACAAGUGGGGGCCUCACCGCGAUUCUUUUGGGAAGGGCACCACUUACACACCUCAGGUCCCCAAAAGGUUGUCUUAUUCUGAAAAGAACAAAUGUGCCUCCAUGGAGGAAAUCUUGUCUCGAUCAGACUCUGCAGCUCAACGAUCUACACCCAAAAAGGUGCCAGAGUCUGAAAAAUUAUCCCAUAUACAGGAACUGAUAGCAGUGAAGAUUGAAAAAACUCAGGAACUUCUCUCAGAGGUAAAGGACUGUGGAGAUGUGAAAAAGAAGGCUAAAAUUGACUCAGAGAGUACCCUUCUGGAGGCAGAGAGGCUUCUGUCUGAGGCCUCCUCCAACUGGAGGCAGGCUAGGAAGGUUCUACAAGAAAUAAAGGAACUGAGAGACCUGUACAAACAAGCAGACCAUCAACCCUUAGACCCCAAACAGAAACUUAGCAGUCAUUACAGGAAAAGUCUAAUGUGAGGGACAAAAGCACUCAAAAAACCCUCAAGUUCCCAAACGGAUAUUUUCCUGUUUGAUCCUGCUUCUGGCUUGACAGGUCCAUGCCAAGCUCCAAGGCUGACCAGGAGCCCACACAAGAGAAGAUGGUUGUCUUUGGAAGGGUCCCUUGGCUUUGCACUCGAAUCCCCAUGGGCAGCUGAACAAGCUGUGAAUCACAUUAGGCUGGUGAUACAUGCAGGGAGCACAAUGGGAGUGCUUGACAUCUACUAACGUACACAGCCUGCAUAUCCUGGCUUAGAAUCUUUGCAUUAUCAGUGUUUACAAUUAAUGAGAUAUGGAAAGCUGGAACAAGCUGUAGGCGAAUGGAUGAAGCAUGUGGCAAAUUGUAGUUUUUGUAGUAUGUUCUAUCCAAUUUGACGCAAACUAACCUGUUUCAAUGUUACCUACUGUAUGUUUACACGCAUUUCUCCCUAUUGCGUUUCUAAAGAAGCUCUAUGCAGAGUUGAUACUAUAAAUCUCCAGGGGUUUCUGAUUACUAACCUCUAGUCAGACAUACAUAAGCUGUAGCAUAUGCCAGUAUGGAGUAUGACUAUGCACUUUUCUAUUCUGUCCAAGCUUAUUUUAUUUACUAUGUUUAAAUGUUACAGGGGUCAUCAGUUUACUGCUGGAUAUCCAAAAGAUUUGCAGUUUUUCUAUUUGAUUGGGGUUGGGCACCACAGACUGAAAACACAACAGGCGUAGCUGUGGCCAAUGAGUAGAUCUUUAGCAGAAAUAAUUUAGUUUGACCUGAAGCCAAUAGUUAGUGCAGCAUAUCUGUGUCCCAGUUCACCUGCUUCCCACCAUUAAGGACACUUGUAUUUUAAUUUAAGUAUUCACUGUAAGUUCAUUUACACCAUUUUUUAUUUUGACUCUUUUCAAAUCCAGUAAAUUAAUUAUUCCCAUACAUGAUACACCAUGUAUCUCACCUUAUAGUUUUCGAUAUAUAAUGGUUAUAUCAGUGUUUAGAUUAAAAAUACCAGUGACUUCCUGGUCUUCUGGCUGUGAAGGGCUUUAUCCAUCGUAUGUAUACGUACUUCGUUACUAGCAUACAAAAUCAGGAGCAACUGAGUCUGCCUCUAAACCUUCAGCAUCAGCUAGCGCCUUAAAUGGAGGGUAUGGUGCCUUUUAAUGAACCUACUUUAUAUUUCUUCAUAGAUUGCACUGGAUGUGUUAUAUAGUUUUGACUUUUAUACAUCUAUUGGGAACUACCACAUCUGGAAAAAAAUCUUACCAAGAAAUAAAAUGUUCACUCUUCUACAGGAACAACAGGGCCAGUUAUGAUUUGAAUACAUUGUGAUUGUCCUUAGUCAAAAUACAUUUUGAUGUUUGGCGUUAUAGAGUUUACAGUUCUCUGAUCAUUAAUGACAGUUUGCACCUUUGUUACUAAAAACUAACUCAAUUACCACCAUUUGUAUCUGCUGCCAUUGUGGUAGCACUUGGCAAAUAGCUCAAACUAGGAAAAUUAUCUAACCUUAAUGGAAAUUAUAAUUAUUUUCUGAUGCAGAAUAGGUAGAUUAAACAAAAUUCACUAUCUAUAAACCGUUUUGAUAUACAAUAAUAAUUUUAAAAAAACUGUGGGCUUUGACCUUUCCAUGUUUUUUAUUACUCUACAUAUAUAAUAUGUAUAUACAAACUACUUUGGCUCAUAACAAAAUGUGUUACUGGCUCCUCACUAUUGUCAAUUUGUCAACCCCUAUAUUAAGAUAAUAGUCAGACAUUCUAACAUUUUUCUUUUGUGCAUAUGUGAAUAGAAAAGAUCAGCAGUUAAACUUUUUUUGCAUCAAACAAAGUUAAAAGAUGUUUAAAUUUAAAGGGAAGCUAAUAUAACUGAUACUGAGGUAUAUACUGCUCACUGGAUGACAGAAAAAUUACCACAGGAAAAAAAAAUGGUUUAUUCAGUAUGGUUUAUUUCCAAAAUAGAAAGCACUAUAAUAUUGUAUUUUGAAAUGAUCCCUUAUAGGUGGAACAUAGAACAUUUUGUGUAAUCAUGUACCUUUUAUUUGGCUCAUUAUUGGAUUAUAGGAACCUGAGUUAUAUGGCCAUGCAAUCAAGUGAAUGUUCAUACCAUGAUCUCAGAAUGUUCAUAGCAAUCAUAGAAACUGGUUGUAGCAUAAAAAUUCUCCAUAGACUUUACUGGAAAUAGAUGUUUUUACCAACAGUUUCCAAACUUUACCAUCUCAAUGGAAACUAGGCCUCUGUUGGAUGCCAGAAGCUGCUAUCUUGUGUCUAACUGGAAAGUUUCUUCACCAGGGUACUCAGGACACCAUAUAUUGUUAUACAAAUGUAACCUUAACAUAAGAAUCAUAGAGCCCUGGUUUAAGGCAUUUAUGUCUAACUACAUUUUGCAUAUUUAUCUGAUAUAAAUGGCUCCCCAGAAAUCCAAUGCUUGUAAUCACUUAUAAAUCACUUAGGCCUAGUUUCCAUUGAGGUGGUAACAUUGUGGAAACUGGUGGUAACAUUAAAAAUCUCCAUAGACUUUAACGAAGAUUAAGGAUUUUAUCAUCAGUUUCCACAAUGUUACCACCCCAAUGGAAACUAGGUAUUAUUUCUUUCCUAAGAUAUAGUGAGUCCAAGGAUCAUCUUAAUUACUGUUGGGAUAUCACUCCUGUCCAGCAGGAGGCAGCAAAGAGCACCACAUCAAAGCUGUUAAAUACCACCCCCUUACCCAUAACCUCCAGUCAUUGUCUUUGCCUAUGCAAGGAGGUGGUAGAUUCUUCAAUCAAGAGUUUGUUAUUUUUAAAGCAGAGCUGUUUGUUCUGGUUUUUUUACUGGGGUCUAGCUGUGUUCCACAUCAGUCUCUUCAGUAGAGCUGUGGUGGCUUUUGAGCACUUGAAAACUGGUGGGAUUUUUCAUUUCACCAUGCCUUUCAUGUUUGGUGCUGCCCUACCCUGAAUGCCUGAUUAACUUUAGGCAGUCCUUCAUUUGUUCCACGGGUCUAUGGAGGGAGGAAGCCUUUCCAUAUCUGUGAACUGCCCUGCUGCCGGGCAGAUGUGACUCAGGUAAGUGCCGGUUUUUAUUUCUUUAUUAAAAGAGAGUUUGGCACUUUGAUGGGUACAGGGACUGUUAAACCAGUGUGGGUUUAUAUUUGGGCACUGUAUGACUCUCAGGAGAGGCUCUGUGUGGUUUUUUAAAACGUGUUUUUUUUUUCUCACUGUAAUAGAAGGCUGGCCUUUAGCCACGCCCACAAAUGGGCGAGGCUUAGUCUGUUUGGCGGUUUUCAUUGCUUUCAAAGGCUGCUGUGUCCAGAUUGUCAACAUUUUCCAGCUUCAGGGGGGUCAGGUAGGCACUUCAGCAGGGCCUGUUGAGGUAAGGAGGCUGCCUGAAGGUGUUUUUUAAUUUUUAAAGCAAUCGUAUUUUUUUGCAGUAAAAAAGUUGCAGUUUAAAAUUUAAAGUGACAGUAACAUUUUUUGUUUUAAGCCAAUUUAAUUUGUUUUUGGUAAAGAUGGAACAAGCUUUGCAAGAUGUUACAUGCAGCUUUUGUUUUGAUUCUAAUGUGGAACCUCCAAUGCCUUUUUGUGCCUCAUGUAUUGAGAGGACCUUACAGUGUAGGGAAAAGAUUUUUCCUGAGCCAUCAUUAGCUGGGGUGGAUGCUGUUCAGGGGUCUCCUGUUCAGAAUAUGCCACAGCUUUCUCCUCAUGUGUCUCUUCAUUCAGUGUCAUCUCAUGCAGUGCCCAGUGUUUCUACUCCAGUUGGAUGUUCACCAGGGUCUGGAAAGGCAGCCUGUGGUGUGUAUUGCUACUGUUACCAGUGCGGCAGCAUAUUGGUCUAAGAAGCCUGUUUCUGACUCAAAGUCAGCAUUAGGAGUCUGCCCCCGGUCCGGGAGCAGAUCCUGUGGGGGGCAGACUUUCCCUGUACGCUCAGCCUUGGGUUCGGAAUGUUUCGGAAUCCUGGGCAGUGGACGUAGUGUCCCACGGGUACAAAUUAGAGUUCAAAAGUUUUCCUCCCAGAGGCAGGUUCCAUCUUUCAAGGUUAUCUGUAAACCAGAUAAAAAGAGAGGCAUUUUUAAAAUGUGUUCAAGAUCUGUCCGACCUGGGAGUAAUAGUUCCUGUUACAAUACAGGAACAAGGUCUGGGUUUUUAUUCCAAUCUGUUUCGCGGUUCCCAAAAAAGAGGGAACUUUCCGACCAAUUCUAGAUCUCAAGAGUGUAAACAAAUUCCUCAGAGUUCUGUCUUUCAAGAUGGACACUAUUCGCUCCAUCCUUCCUCUGGUUCAGAAAGGUCAGUUCAUGACUACUGUGGAUUUAAAGGAUGCGUAUCUACAUAUUAACAUCCACAAAGAUUAUCACAAGUUUCUGAGGUUUGCAUUCCUAGACAAACAUUUCAAUUUGUGGCCCUUCCUUUUGGUCUGGCAACGUCUCCCAGAAUUUUCUCAAAGGUCCUGGGAGCGUUGUUGGCAGUUCUCCGAUUGCAGGGUGUUGCAAUAGUGUCUUAUCUGGAUGACAUUCUGGUCCAGGCAUCAUCUUUUCAACAAGCAAACUUCCACACGGAGUUGUUGUUGUCUUUUCUCCGCUCCCACGGUUGGAAGGUGAAUUUAGGAAAACGUUUCUUGGUUCCAUCUACAAGGGUAGUAUUCUUGGGAGCAAAACAAAGAAAGGAUUGGAUGGAGCACCGACAAUUUAAAACACAAUUUUCUUUAUUUGUAAAUCCUUAAAACAAAAAGGAUUAAAAAGGAUAACAGGAUGAUAUGUCCUAAAAAAGAGUCAGCUCACACAGCUGACAUGUUUCGGCUGAAUGCCGUUCUCAAAGCUGCUAACCUGCGUGGGUUUAAUCCCACCCUUAAAAACACAGUACAUGACUCUAAUUGGACAAUGAUAAAUUGCACCUGUUUAACACAUUCAGUGCACUUUAACCCCUGAAAGUUGCCAAUACGCAAAUAAGUAGAGUGUAAUGAGGAUAUGUUUUCUAAUCAGAACACAAAAUACUAAUAUUCAUUCAACUUACCCUAUACAUUUAUUGUGACUGUUUAAAUUAAUGGAUUACUAUAUGUGAAAACUAUCUUUGCUAGACAGAGGCUUUUACUAGCAAUAGCAUGCUAGCACAUUUGGACAAUGGAUUAUACAGCUCAAUUUUCCUGUGCAGGAAAUAGCUAGCCUCAACCACUCAUUAACUAUAUAGCUAAUGUUCCUGUUCUCAAAGAUGUUAAGACAGGUGGUUAACUCCUAUUUAGCUAGCGAGGUAUUGUUCCUCCAACCUGUUUAGGCUCUAUGCUCCCUAUGUAAAAUUUAAAACUCAAUUAUGGGUGGGGGAGGGAUAUAUGUUCUAGUUAUACAGAUGCCACCCUGUUAAAUCUAGCUACCAGAUUUACUUAUUGCAAAUCAUAUAGAUUUUUACUAUAUUAUGGUAACCCUUAGUUUAAAUGCUCCAGUGGUGUAGCAGUUCCAAAGCAGAACAACACAAAACGAAACAGAACAGAAGGGGGGUAUUGUAGCAUAUCUCCAGAAACCAAUAUCCUGAACAGAGAGCAAAUCGGUCAAUCCAGACCAAGAUAAACAUUAAAAGCCCCCGGCAGGUAUUAUAUAAAUACUAGCCCUUAUUAGUAGUGUCACAGGGACGGUACACGUUAGAUUUGAACUCUUACUUGUACUUAGUAGAAUACCAAGUACUGGUAGAUGGUGGAUGUUGAUGUAAUGUAUUACCUCACUGAUUGUAUUGACCACCUACUACUCCCAGUAGUUAAUUAGGUCAUACAUUGAGUUCAGACCUUGGGGGUGUCUAGUUUUUAACGUGAAGAUCCAAAAGAUCUCUUGUUUGGCUAGUAGUAGAUCUCUAUCACCCCCCCUUGGUGGUGUGAGUACCUUUUCAAUACAUGUCCAGCGGAAGGUAUCUGCACUUUUUCCAUGGACAUUAGCAAAAUGCUGGACCAGGGGAGUGCUUGCCUUUCCUAUUCUGAUGCUGGAGAGGUGUUCUCUAAUGCGGGACCUGACCUCCCUUGUAGUGAGGCCUAUGUAUUGUAUUCCACACUUUUCGCAGGAGGCAAGAUAUAUUGUGUACGUUGAUCUGCAGUUUAAACACAUAUUUUUAGUGAAUACUUUGCCUGUGACAAAUGAAAUAAACUGACUCCCUGUCUGUACCUUCUCGCAAGCGACACAUUCCCUAUUAUGGCAUUUGAACAUCCCUUUUUGGGUAAGCCAAGAGGAUGCCUGUGCUUCAUUCUUGCUGAUUUUUGUUGGCGCUACCAGAUUGCCUAAGGUUUUGUUCCGCCUAUAGGAGAAGUGGCAUGAUUUGAGCAACAGAUCUGUCAAGCCCUCGUCCGCCUUGAGCAUUGGUAGGUGCUUUUGGAUUACAUCACAAAUUUGUGUGUACUGUUCCGAGUAGUCAGUGACAAAGUAUAAUUCAUCCCUGGUACUAUCUGCUUUUCUGAUUUUUUGGGCCUUGGGGCACAGGAGAUCUUUUCUAUCCAAAUGCCUCACUUCUUCUAGGGCCCGAUUUACCAGGGUUUUGUGAUAGCCCCUUUUCUGCAAUCUAAUGGAAAGUAAUGAGGCUUCCUCUUCAAAAUCUGAGUUCAAAGAGCAAUUUCGUUUCAAACGAGUGAACUGUCCCUUGACAAUUCCCUUGAAGACUCCCUUGGGGUGGCUACUUUUAGAGUGCAGCAGUGUGUUGCCUGAUAUAGGCUUCCUAUAUGCUGUGGUGCAGAUUUUUUCACCAAUCACCCCCCACAAGGUAACAUCCAGAUAAUUGAUGUUAGAGGAACUGAAUUCAAAGGUGAAACCCAAAACUAAGUCGUUGUUAUUUAAUGAUUCCACAAAUGUGGUAAGUUCGGUUUCAUCACCCUUCCAAAUAAAUAGGAGGUCGUCAAUGAACCUCCUAUAAAACACUAUCUUCGAGCUGAGGGGGUUCCCACCUCCAUAAAUGUGGUCCUUCUCCCACCAACCCAUGUAAAAGUUGGCGUACGAGGGGGCAAAUUUUGCCCCCAUCGCAGUCCCACAAAUCUGGAGGUAGUACACCCCCUCAAACUCAAAGUAGUUGUGUGACAGCAGAAAUCCAGCCAUUUGAAUGACAUAUUCACAAAAAUCACUGUCAUCUCCAUGGUAAAUGUUGAGAAAGUGGGACAGGGCUAAUAAACCCUUGGAAUGUGGGAUGGAAGAGUAGAGCGAUUUUACAUCGACUGUAAGCCAGAUAUAAUCAUUCUUCCACUCAACGUUUUCAAGGAGAUUUAGAAUAUGCAGGGACCAUCGGCUUCAAAAUUUGGUCGAGCCACUCGGAGGUGUGCUCAAGGAGUGAGCCGAUACCACUCACAAUGGGUCUGCCUACCACAUUGACAAGUGACUUGUGGACUUUUGUCAGGAGAUUGAAAAUAGGGAUCUUGGGGUUGCUAACCAAUAGGUAGCUUGCGGUAUCCUCAUCAAUAAAGCCAGCUUCCAUAGCAUCAUCUAGCAGACUUUCAAGUUUUUUCUUAAACUGGUUUGUUGGGUCCAAAUCGAGAACCCUAUAGUCCUUGGUGUUAUGUAGCUGUCUGUGGGCUUCAUUGAUGAAGUCACAUCUAUUCAGGACUACCACUGAGCCACCUUUGUCCGCUGCCCUAAUUACAAUUGUGGUGUUGUUACUUAACUUUGCCAAUGCUUCCCUUUCUCUUACAGAUAGAUUCUGUCUGCUCCUUGUAUCUGAAUGAUAGAUCAUACUCAGAUCGGUUUCAACCCUACUGUGGAACCUCUCAAUUAUGGGUCCCCUAGUAUGUAGCGGGUAGAACCUGGAAGGAUUUUUGAACUUUGGAAAGCUUUUAACAGUGGAAACCAAAUUACUUUCACUGGACAUAUCCAGAGACUCAAGAUUUUGUGGACUACAGAGAUCCUGAAAAUCCCAAUCAUCCAUCGCCAAAAUGGCUCUAUCAUUACCUGUACUCUGUUGUAAAACAUCAGAAGUACCACAGCUCUCUGUGUUGCUUGAAAAAUGCUUUUUCAAGGUAAUUUUCCGCACAAAUUUAUUGACGUCUAUUAGGGUGUUAAAUAAAUAAAAUUUUCUAGUUGGGACAAAUCCCAACCCCAACCCUAGAAUCUUGGUUUCCACUGUGUUUAGUUGGUAAGAAGAUAGAUUUAUCACUGAUAUCUUGUGUUCAUUUGGUUUCUCCUGAGCGCAUAGCCCCCCUUGUUUGUUCCCUUUGGAUCUUCUCCCCCCCGCAUCUCUUUGGGGGGGGGGGGGGAACCUGUUUUAAUUGGUUGUGCAUUCUUUAGAAUAGAAGGUGGUAAAGCAUUAUUUUUCUCUUUCUGUUUUAUUGCUUCCUGUGUCUGUAUUUGAGGGGCAGAUCUAGUCUGUGUGUGGGAGUCAGGAGGGAAAUUAUCUUCCUCUCCAGAGGUCCCACUUCCACCUCCUGAUGAGGAUUCUGCUUCACUUUCUGAGAAGUGAAUUCUCCUGUGUUGUCUGCCUCUACCUCGCCCCCUCCGUCUACCCCUGAAACCUCUACCUCUGUUGUUAGGGCCCAAAGUGUGAUUAUACUCUGUACUUUUGUGUGCGUUCCCUUCUGUUCCACACAUAAAUGGUAUUAUUGUUAAAAUCUGUCUGAUCCCUUAUAUACUUUGUAUGUUUGAUUUCUAAUAACAAAUUUUUGGCUUCUGCCACAGCAUCUUGUAGUAGCUUAUCAAAUCGAGCAAAAUCAACAUCCUCACAUCUUCUAUUUAAUUCAUCCUGUACUUCAGUUAUCUUAGUGGUAAUUUCCUGAACCUGUUUAUUUUUGUAUAUAAUCAACACGCGCAUGAGGUUCCAGGAACAUUCAGAAAGGGUGUCAUUCCACUCGUUAAUAAAUGCCCUAUCAUCAGUGGUGAAAGUGGGGUAUUUAUUAAUUCUAAGCUCCCUAGGUAUAAGUUUGAGCUUAAGAUAAUUUUCCAUAGUCCAAAUGUCCCAUUUAUAUUUAUUUUCCUUGUUCAACAGAUAUUCAAUUUCUUCAAAAAGGGUAGUUAGUUUUUGUUGUAUUCUGUCUAGUGUGAAAAAGCUUUCAGCUAAUACUGUGCAAUCAUGCCUUUCACUUGCAUUCCGCAAAGAAUAAAAAGUCACAUUAGUAACAGAUCCUGCAUUCAUCUCUGUCCUGUUAUCCAUAGUCCCAAGUACACACUUAGUUGCAGCCCAAACACAAAAACUCUUAAUCAAUACAAUUCAGUCAGUGUUCAAUUUCAGUCCGUUGCUAAACACACAGUAAAUGAGGGUAAAAAGGCCUGACCCAUGAGCCUAUGUAAGAAAUACAAAAGACGAAACCCCCUCACAGCUGUGUGUUUUCAAUAUAAGACUGUUGUCCGUUGUAUUAAUAUGGCAUAAUGUGCAACCUUAUAUAACAUACAUAGUAUUCUUGGGAACCAUUAUCGAUUCACUAGAGAUGAAGCCAGAAGAACAAAGAUCUUCAAUUCUUGUCUUGCCCUUCAGUCCUCUCCUCAGCCGUCAGUGGCUCAGUGUAUGGAGGUAAUCGGUCUGAUGGUGUCAACUAUGGACAUCAUUUCGUUUGCUCGGUUCCAUCUCAGGCCUCUGCAGUUAUGCAUGCUCAGUCAAUGGAACAGGGAUUAUGCGGAUCUGUCUCCGUGUAUUGUUCUGGAUCAGGUGACGAGAUUCUCUUCUGUGGUGGUUGUCUCAGGAACAUCUCACUCAGGGAACUUGCCUUUGCAGGCCUUCCUGGGUGAUUGUGACCAUGGAUGCCAGCCUGCUAGGAUGGGGAGCUGUCUGGGGCUCGUUAAAGGCUCAGGGUCUAUGGACUCAGGAGGAAGCGUUUCUUCCCAUAAACAUCUUAGAGCUGAGGGCAAUCUUCAAUGCUCUUCUGGCCUGGCCUCAGUUAGCUUCAACCCAGUUUAUCAGGUUUCAGUCAGACAGACGUUUCAUCCCGGGAAGUGGGAACUUCACCCGGAGGUGUUUGUCAACUUGGUUCGCAAGUGGGGGCAGCCAGAGCUGGAUCUUAUGGCAUGCCAAGCUUCCGAGGUACGGGUCGAGAUAUCCUCGGGCUGUGCUAAUAGAUACGCUAGCAAUUCCUUGGGACUUCAGCCUAGCAUAUGUGUUUCCUCCAUUUGCUCUCCUUCCACGAGUCAUUGCUCGAAUUAGACAGGAGAGGGCGUCAGUGAUUCUCAUUGCUCCGGCAUGGCCUCGCAGAAUCUGGUAUGCGGAUCUUGUGAAGAUGUCAUUUCUUCCACCUUGGAGUCUUUCGUUAAGGAAGGACCUUAUACUUCAGGGGCCCUUCCUUCACCCAAAUCUUGUUUCUCUAAAGCUGACUGCUUGGAGAUUGAACGCUUGAUUCUAUCUAAGCGUGGGUUUUCAGAGUCUGUCAUUGAGACUAUGAUUCAGGCUUGCAAGCCUGUUACUAGAAAGAUUUACUAUAAGAUAUGGCAUAAAUAUCUAUUGGUGUGAAUACCAAGGCUACUCUUGGAGUAGAGUUAGGAUUCCUAGGAUUUUGUCUUUUCUCCAGGAGGGUCUGGAGAAGGUUUUAGCUGCAAGUACCCUGAAGGGUUAAAUUUCUGCUUUAUCUAUUUUGUUGCAUAAGCGUCUGGCAGAUGUGCCAGAUGUGCAGUCUUUUUGUCAGGCCCUGGUUAGAAUCCAGCCUACGUUUGCUACUCCUCCAUGGAGUCUUAAUUUGGUUCUUAGAGUUCAUCAACAGGCUCCGUUUGAGCCUAUGCAUUCUUUGGAUAUUAAAAUGUUAACCUGGAAGGUUUUGUUUUUGGUUGCUAUCUCUUCGGCUAGAAGAGUUUCGGAGCUCUCAGCACUGCAGUAUGAAUCUCCUUACCUUAUUUUUCAUUCUGAUAAGGUGGUACUGCGUACUGCCUUAGGUUUCCUUCCAAAAGUGGUUUCGGUUAGGAAUAUUAAUCAAGAAAUUGUUGUUCCUUCUUUGUGUCCUAAUCCUUCUUCUCAGAAGGAGCGUUUGCUGCACAACCUGGAUGUGGUUCGUGCGUUAAAAUAUUAUUUACAGGCGACUAAGGAUUUUCGCCAGUCUUCUUCUUUGUUUGUUGUGUUUUCUGGAAAACGCAAGGGUCAGAAAGCUACGGCUACUUCUCUUUCUUUUUGGCUGAGGAGUGUUAUUCGUUUGGCAUAUGAGACUGCUGGACAGCAGCCUCCUAAGAAAAUCACGGCUCAUUCCACAAGGGCUGUUUCCUCAUCUUGGGCCUUCAAAAACAAAGCUUCUGUGGAACAGAUUUGCAAAGCUGCCACUUGGUCAUCUUUACACACUUUUUCUAAAUUUUAUAAGUUUGAUACUUUUGCUUCAGCUGAGGCUUCUUUUGGGAGAAAUGUUCUUCAAGCAGUGGUGUCUUCUGUUUAAGGUUACCUGUCUUGUCCCUCCCUAAUCAUCCGUGUCCUAUGGCUUGCGUAUUGGUUCCCAACAGUAAUUAAGAUGAUCCGUGGACUCACUAUAUCUUAGGAAAGAAAACAUAAUUUAUACUUACCUGAUAAAUUUCUUUAUUUCCGGAUAUAGUGAGUCCACGGCCGCCCUUAUUUUCAGACAGUUUAUUUUUUAUGUAAACCUCAGGCACCUCUGCACCUUUUUGUCACUUCCUUUCUCCUUGCUUCUGGUCGAAUGACUGGAGGUUAUGGGUAAGGGGGUGGUAUUUAACAUCUUUGCUGUGGUGCUCUUUGCCGCCUCCUGCUGGACAGGAGUGAAAUCCUAACAGUAAUUAAGAUGAUCCGUGAACUCACUAUAUACGGAAAUAAAUAAAUUUAUCAGGUAAGCAUAAAUAAUGUUUUUGUUGCCCUACUGAGAUGCAAAGCCCAUGUAAUUACAUUUUUUAUAACUUUACAAGUUGUAAAUUGUGGUAAUAGAAAUGGACAAUAUCCUCAGAGGUGAAUUGUGCAUUUUUUUUUGUAAUGCAUCUGAAGAAUCAAACUUAAAUAGGAAGACACAUUUACCUUUUACAUUUUGGUUUUACAAGUGCAAGGAUAGUUACAACACCGUCUUUUAGGGCUAGGUUACGAGUGUAGCUUGUUUUAUUGAUCCCGCAUUGCAAGCUAAGUCCGCUAGAAGUAAGCUUUUUGCGUGCCUGGGUACUGUGCCUAGUGCAAGUUGAAAGUGAAAAGUUUUCACUUGCCUGCUAACCCGAUGAGGGCAAAAGGCGAGUUAGAAUAUCACGACCGCUUUAAUGUAUUCCCCCAAAGACUUCAAUGGAUCAUGAAAAAGGGGGGGGGGGGGGGAGAAACACUUUUACUUGCGUGCAAACCCGAUCGCAUUUUCUCUAGUGCGCUAACCUGACAUGAAAUAUUAAGAUUUCACAUUACGAUGUUCCUCAUAUAGAAGAAUAUGUUCUAUUUAUUCAUAAAUAUAUGUCAAAUAUUUACAGUACAAACACAGUUAAAUACUUUAUUAAAUAUGAUUAUUGCAUAAAUAUGAUUUUUCAUGUUUUCCGAUACUUGACUGCAAAGGGCUCCAAUACACUUAUAAAUAUGUCUAUAUAUAUGUAUACAUGUGUAUUAUGUGUCUAUAUACACAUAUCAAUACAUAUGUACACACACACACAUAUAUAUAUAUAUAUAUAUAUAUAUAUAUAUAUAUAUAUACACACAUACAUGCAUAUACAUAUUUAGACUUGUUUAUGUAUGUUACACUAUUUUAAAGCCCUUUGCAUGCCUUUUUUCCUAAGACCUGAGACAUCAUAUCUUUGACCCCUUUUAACUUUUUAAUGAAACAAAUUUAUUAGAUGGUGUUAUUAUAAGUGUAACUGUACUUUUUAAUGUAUUUUGUGAAACCUUUUUUUUUCGAGGUAACAGUUAAACAGAGCUCUGAAGUUGCAUGUUAAAUUCAGUUGGCUCAAGUGAACGCAUUUACUUUCAACUUGUAAUAUGCGCGCUACUUCCAAUGCAUGCAAACACUUGCGAUAAACCCAUUAUCGUUUGCACGCUCAUACUCUAGCCCUCAUACAGUAGAUUAUAGUGGAGACUGGGAUUAGGAUACUAUAGGCUUUGUUUUUGAAUUAUUGGGAUUAUUAAUUAGUUCUUGUGUGCAACAUUGUAUGCGCACAAUAUCAACGCCUGUAUGAAGGGUUGCCUGUUGUCUAGCAUUAACUGAACAGUCAGGUAUUUUAAACUAGCUGGUGAGUAUGUACACAAAAACAAAAUGGACACUGAACUGAUUGGUUCUAAUGUGGGGGCAUAUAGCUGUCAGGGCUUCAGGUUGAUGAGUCUGGCACCUGAUACAUACAUCAGGCCACUGGAUCUGAUUUGCUGUCCAUUGUGUACUCAUGGUGGACAUAAACAGUAGAGCCAUGGGAGUUAGUCUAAGGUCUCUUCAAUGCUCUGCCUCCUCUUUUCCCCGGGUUUUCAUCCAGUAUUCUUAUGGAUGGCAUCUGGCAACACUGUGUGUGGGAUAAAGCUGAGGGCAUCAAUAUGGCAGCAUACCCAUAGUCCUUACUAUCGUCCAGCGGUAUAAUGACUAUUGCCAUGUCAGUGUUACAGCAUUAUGACUUGCUAGAUUGUCAUAGCUAAUAAUUUAAGUGAUUAUACAAGUUCUCUGAAACUAUGUCAUCUUCCUACCACAGACAUUACUGAUGUUGCCAUGUUAAUUUCAAGAAUGAUAUUUUGCUUUUUAUUCAUAAACUGGUGUGUCACUGAUUGUUUAUUUGAAUUUUCUUUUGGAAUGUGGUAUUGAAAAAAUGUAUUUGUCUUCACCUAGUACCAUUUGGCGUUUUACAUUCAUAGAGCUAUUUCUAAAUUGGCUUGGUAAGUUAAUCUUUUGCUUUUGUCAAGGUGUGAGUUUGGAUAUUAUCUUGGGAGGCUAUUACAUCAUCAGUUCUAUUUACUGAUUAAUAUCCAAUUUGUUUACAUUUUGUUUGUAGUUUAGAUUUUUUAAGCACCUAAAUGCUUAACACUUUGGCUGCCAGGAAUUGUAUAGCAAUGUAUAGCAACUCCUUACGGGGAAAAAGUACUAUAUUGAGAAUUUUGCAAAAUAAAGCUUAACACUUGUUUAUUUUAAGUAGUAGCCUUGUUUACUACAAUUAAUACUUGCCAAUAUGUUUACCAAUGUUUACAUGGCAUUUUACGUAGUUGUUAAGGUUAUCAUACAAUUUAACAUUUUCACACCCUCUUUUCUGUUCAUUCACAAGAAAUGUUGUUUAACUAAUUCCCAGUUGAGAUUUCCUGUGAGAACAAAGGACGUGUUUAGUCAAUUUGUAACCUUCUUUUGCUAUUAGUUGCACUGAAUAUACUGCACCAUAUUGGUAGAGCUUAAAAGUUGAUGCUGAUAUGUAUAACUUUGUAAGAUUUGUUUUGCUGAUGUUGAAAGUGCCCGUAGCAAAAUUAUAUCUGCACAUUUAUUUUAUAUUAUAUUUGGAGAACGGAUCUUAGAUGAAUGUAGAUUAUAGCUGCAUAACAGAAUUCUGAAACAGCACAGUUAAAGUGAUGGUAAACUAUACAUGUUUUAAAUCAGGUCCAGAAUCUAAGCGGUAUUUUACACAGACUUUAUAUGAUCACUUCUAAUAAAGAUGCAAUGUAAUUAACUCUUUAAUCUAGCAGUGACAUUCUAAUACCUGCGCACUGGCCCCCCACUUCGAAACUCAUAUUUUUUGUGACCUAACGGUUUGAACUGUUCUCCAAUCGGCACUCUAGCCCUACGGCACUUUUUUUGUAGCAAGGGCACCAAUUGGAGAGCAAUUCAAACCAUUAGCUCAACAAAAAAAAAAGAGUGUUUUCAAGUGGGCGGCUGGAGCGUGGGUUAUUAGAAUGGCGCAGCUAGAUUAAUAAGUAAAUAACAGCGCUUCUUUAUUAGAAUUGAUCAAUUAAAAUCCCUCUAAAAUAUUGCUUAGAUACUGGACCUGAUUUUAAAACAUAUAAAGUUUACUAUCACUUUAAAAGGACAUUAAACUUUACAUUUAAUCUCCUGAUAUAAUGAUGAAUUAUGGAAAUGAAACACUGUAAUAUAUAUUCAUUAUACGUUUUGCUGCAAAAUGCCUCUGAAUUAGUUUCAUUACCUGAGUCUGCAACAUUUUAAACAGUGAUUGGUUAUCUCAAACUAAUUUUCAUCUGUUCUAAUUGCCACAUUACAGUAGACCAGGAAAAAGAUUUUUACCUGGUUUCUCAAGUGGUGCAACAUUAUAAAUUGUGCUAACAAAAUCGCAGCAUUAGAUGAUUUUAAUAAAUUUAUUUUGCAGUGCAGUUUUUACUUACUGAUAUGUGCUAUGUGAUUAAUGUCCCUUUAAGUAACAUCACAGCCAUAAAUGACAUGUCAACUUGUCAUUACUUUCAGGUAAUCUGCAUACAUGGUAAUAUGUCUAUAAACAUGUAUCUCUUUUGAAUGUAUACUUUUGCUUCAAGGUAAAUAUUCAGUAAAAUUAGCAUGUACUGCAGUAAGCUUCAGGGAACAUCCUGUAUUUUGUUUGUCUAAAUAAUUAAGUGAAACAUUUAACUACAGCUCCUGAAGCUGUAUUUAGACCCAAAAAAUCACUAUGCACCAUUCAGUCUUUUGUAGGGAUUCAGUUAUUAUCAUCUGAUCUAAACUAAAGUAGGGCUCUGUGUAUGUAACAAUUUCAAGAGAAGCUGCAAUCUUACAUAUGUAAGGGUUUUACUUUGUUUCAGUGAUUGAUGCAUCAAUUAAGUUUCCUGUUAUAUAACAGUUCCCUUUUUCUUUUAAUAAAAGCAUUUUUAUUUGUUGCAUGUGAAAACUGUUUCAGAGAAAAUCUAGGUACCUAUGUGGUUGAUUCACUAAGAUUUUGAGGGGUACCUCAUGGUUUAACUCCAUAAGACACCAGGUUGCUGCUUGAAUUGACAGAUCUAGGGAUUUUUUUUUUAACUGGUAUGACAGUGUGGAAUAAACUGCCAUUUCCUGAGACUUAUGUAGUCUUUUCUCUGUCUACCAAUGAGAACAGUGUAAUAUGCCCUCAGCCAAUAUUCAGCUGUAUAAUUUGCAUUUCUUUCAGGUGUCUGUUAAAGGUUCAACAGCUUAUACUGUAAUAUGUCAUUUUUUGUAAUGCUUGGACAAUGCUUGGACAAGCCAUUUUAAGGAUAUUCUUAUGUAAGUUAAUCAAUGGCUAAGUCACAGCUAUGUACUCAUACAUAGAUUGUUAAAAUUUAAAGGCAACAGUUAAAUAAGGGUUCUUUCUUAUCUAGCUCACACCUCAGUGUACAUUUACCUGAAAGUCUGAUAUGCUGAAAAACAUUAUGUGUACUAUUAAAGUACAUUGAACUGAAAACUAAAAUGUACAUCACUUUUGGGACCAGAUAUUCAAAAGCUUGCUGUCAUAUAGAGAAAUCAUGCAAAAUCUUUAGAAUUUGUUUUUAGACCUUAUAUUGUAUAAUGUAGAUGUCUCUCCAUCACAUCAAAAACGCUGCAUAGUGUGAUAAAUAUCUUUCAAAUUAUAAUUUUUUUUAGGGACCUCUCCAUGCUGACGAGAUGUUUAGAUCAUCUCACCUGAGCAGAGAGCUUUUGAAUAUCAGGUCCUUAGUCGGGUGGUGAUCACAACACGUUUAGAAAUAAUUCUAUAAAUAUUUGUUUUUAUAUAGAUAAUUUUUUUGCAGCAACGAAUGUGUUCCUUUAAAGUGCAAACUUUCCUCUUACUCUGCUGAAGUACAGGACAAACUACUGACACACAUCAUUCUGUUGUAGUGUGACACUAUAAAUUAGUUUUAAAAUUCUACUUUUAAAGGGACAUUAAAUCCAAUCCCCCCCCCCCCCCCACGAUUCAGAUAGGGCAUUCAAUUUCAAACAACUUUCCAAUUUACUUCUAUUAUCUAAUUUGCUUCAUUUGUUUGCUAUUCUUUGUUGAAAAAACAACAAUGCACAUGAAUGAGCCAAUAACAUGAGGCAUAUACAGUAUGUGCAGCCACCAACCAAUCAGCAGCUCCUGAGCCUACUUAGGUAAGCUUUUCAACAAUGGAUAUCAUCAGAAUUAAAAAAAAUUAGAUAAGCAAAGUAAAUCGGAAAGCUGUUUAAAAUUGCAUGGUCUCUCUGAAUAAUGAAAGAAAAAAUUUGUGUUUCAUGUCCCUUUAAUAUUUCACUAAUUCCAUAUUUGAUCCACAAUCUCUGGCCCUUCUAGGUUUAACACACAUUAUGAUACUUGUGUUCACAUUACAAUUAUCUGUAUGCUUUGUAGACCAUUUAUAAUGUAUACCACAAAUCAUUUAUGUUAUUUUCUCUCUAAUAAAAACAUCAAUCAGGAAAUGGGAUUAUAUGAAUAUUUGAACUUGCAGUGGGAUAAAUAAAAUGUAUUUUUUUGUUUCCAAACCUUCUAUGGCUCUGGUAAUGUGAACAGUGACACAAAAUCCUUUUGACCGUUUCAUGGUGCUUAUAAUUGGAUCCUAUUGCAAUGUGCUAAUGUAACACAGCUGGACAAAGUGACAUUCUAUAGGACUUGAUGUUUUUUUCCCCUGUUUCUCCUCUGUUUAAAAGUUUGUACAAUGUGUCAAACUUUCUCUUCUUCCGCUGGGGAUGAAACCUGCACUGAUAUUUUAUGCUUUCUAUAUUUCCCUGGCCAGCCGCCGAUAGCAGAAAUGUUACAAAAUAAAGCUGUGAUAAUGAAUAAAUGAUAUGGGAAUUUUAUAUAAAA